AUGAAUGCGGCGCGGCGAAAGUUCAUCAAGGACAUGAUGGCGCACUACCGCGCCUCCCAGCCGCCGGCGGAUCACGAGACGAUCCUGAGGGACUUGCAGGAGCGGGUGUUGGAUAUCGGCUUGCGCUCCGUCAACAAGGCGCACGUGGAGCUCUUUGGCUCGCACGUCAGCGGUUUCUGCAAGCCGACAUCCGACGUCGAUCUCUCCCUAACGUACCGCAACUUCUCGCCCUGGCUGCAGGGGAUGGAGCGCGUGGAUGAACAAAAUAACAAGCGCCUGAUGCGCUUCUCCAAGGAGGCUGCGGAAAUGGGGAUGGAGGACGUCCGCUACAUCCGGGCGCGCAUUCCCGUGGUGCAGUUCGUCGACAGCCUCUCGGGGCUUCACUGCGACGUCAGCAUCGGGAACGUGGGCGGGGUGGAGAACUCCAAAAUUCUUGCCGCGAUACGCGAGGUGUUCCCGGACUUCUACCGCGCCUACGUUCACCUCGUGAAGGAGUGGGGCAAGGCACGGGAGGUGAUUGCGCCGGAGCGAUCCACCUUCAACAGCUUCACCGUGACGACCAUGGCGCUCAUGGUGCUGCAGGAGCUUGGUCUGCUGCCCGUCUUCGCAAAGCCGACCGGCGACUUUGGGGAGUUGACCCUCCCCGACGUCCAGCUCCAGUUGGAGGGCUUUCGGCUGCCGUCCAUCUACGACUCGCUGCACGGGGAUGAUGAGAAGCUGGGCGAGGCGGUUUUUUUCUGCCUGCAGCGCUUUGCCGAGUACUACUCGAAGUACGACUUCCGCGCCGGCACGGUGAGUUUAAUUCACCCGCGCCGGCACCGCAGCGUGUAUGAGAAGGUGGCCAAGCAGUACCUGGAGCGCCUGGGGGCGAGGAAGCGGCAGGAGUGGGAGAGGCACCUUGCCGAGCACAAGGAGGAUGGCGCCUUUGACGAAAAUGACUUCUCCGCGGCGAUGCAAAAUGAGACGACGCAGCGCCCCAGCACCUCGCCAUAUGUAGUGGAGGACUUUGUGAAUUACGUGAACUGCGGCCGCCGCGUGCAGGCAACACGCGUGCGACACGUGCAGCAGGAGUUUAACCGCCUGCACGAGAUGCUGGUGAAGAACGAGGCAGGCCUUGAUUUUGAGGAGGUCUUCCGUGAGAGCGACGUUGUGCCACGCUUCCACGGCUUUGAGGGCGUCGGUGCAAGGGACCCGCGCGUAAAAACGUUUCGCGCGCGUUAG